CAAAAUGGCUGAAGGGGAGUGAUCGCUUCCUCUCACCGAACGCACACAAAUUUAUUUGUUGAUGUUGUGCUUUCACUUUAACUAGGGAAAUACUUUGAACCGAAAAGAUGCAUUUUUCAAUACCGGACACGCAAGAAUGCAAGGAUGACAGUGGAUCUUCCUUUACAUCCUACAACAUGUAUAUUAAUGGUGUGUUCCACUGUUCUGUAAGAUUCCGACAACUACAUCAGUUUCACGAACAGUUGAAGAAAGAAUUUGGUGCUUCAUCUCUUCCUCCAUUCCCUCCAAAGAAGUUCCUCCCCCUAGGUCCUCCCCAAGUGGAAGAGAGGAGGAACAUGCUGGAACACUAUGUUCAGUUGGUGAGUCAAGAUACGGAGAUCGCAAAUAGUGAACGUUUCAAUGGAUUCCUUCUCAGUGCACAACAGGAAACACAGAAAGAGGAAGCAGAGAGGGUCACGCUGGAUGUGUUCCUGAUGAAUGGUCACAAGAUUGUGGUCAACAUCCUCUCAACUGACCAGACUGAGGAUGUUCUGGAGAAAGUUGCAUCACAAAUCGAAAUACCUGAUCAGUAUGUGUACUAUUUUGGAAUAUUUCUGGUGAGGAAAGAAGAAGGGGGAGACAACUCAAUUGUAAGAAAGUUCCAAGAUUUUGAAUCACCCUACAUUUCCUUAAAGGCAGCUAAUAAGGAAGGAGUCCAUCGAAUUGUUCUAAGAAAAAGUUUCUGGGACUCUUCCUUUGACGAUGACCUCCUGGAUGACAAGAUCACCAUGAACCUUUUGUACGUCCAGACUGUGAGUGACAUUGAACGCCAGUGGAUUCUUGCCACCAAAGACCAGCUGAAGCAUCUUGCCACGCUCAACCAGAAAGGGUCCAAGAAGGAGUACCUGCGCCUAACGCGAACACUCAAGUACUACAACUACAUCCAGUUCCGGCCAUGCACUACCGACUACCCCAACCCUAACUCCCGUGUCCUCAUCGCAGCAGGGAACAAGGAGCUCAACUUCCGUGUACAGGUCGACAAUCAAAUGAAAGAAGGCAGCUUUAAAAUUACACGGAUGAAGUGUUGGCGAAUUACAACAACGUUUCCUGACGACCAGGAGGAAGGAUCCAAGGACUCGAAGCCAAAUCUGGAGUUGUCAUUUGAAUACUUGAUGGCCAGAGACUCUUUGAAGUGGAUUACGAUUACAAGUGAACAGGCGAUGUUAAUGAGUAUGAGUCUACAGGCAAUGGUGGAUGAACUUAUCAUGAAGAAACAAGGACGAAAAUUCAAGAAGCCCUCAGACCGACUAAAGAACCCAUCUCGAGGGGUGAUGAGGAGUGGUUUCAGUAGCAACAGACAGUCUUCUUUACCUAAUGGAGAGGAUAUAAUGGAGGAGAACCAAAAUGACGAACAGAGUGCAAUAAACAAAGCAAUGGGGUCCAUGAAGAAGAUAUCAGAUAAAUUAUCGAAGAGUUCUUCCAAGGCUGACAAUGGUCUAACAGAAAACACAGCGUUUGAAGGGAUAGGAGAUGAUGACUUAUGAUCACAGCCAGUGAAGAAACAGACUAUUCCAGCCAUACUCAGUUGUACUCAAGCAUCCCUUCAGUCAUUCACUAUAGGGCAGAAGAGGUUGACACAGAUCAGGAAGCACCUCACACACAGAGUGGUUACACGAGAAGUUGUAUGUCCUUGCUUUCAAACUGGGAAAUGAAUAUUUAACCUGCUUUUCCCUGAUAUGUUAACAGUACAUCAUAAUAAUAUGUGAAACUCAAUAAGGAAAUAUUACAGCCUUUAUCUAGGACAUUAGAGACUUUACCAGGUGUUAUUCUAAAUCAGCUUUCACGAUACUGAACCAUGCUUACUGAAAUCUGAAUGAGAGUAAAUUUAAGUUGAAAAAUGCAAAUUUUAAAAUAUUUUAAAAACAAUUUGCAUAAUUUGAAUUUAGUUAAUUGGUUGCAGAACAGUCUUUCAACUUAAUAUGAUUUACUCAUCAAAUUGAUCAAUAUAAUGGCAUCUUGUAUUGCAUGAUGUACAGAUGUUGUGUUGUAGCGAUACAGUGAUGAAUUGUGACUCCCCGUCUAGUAUGUGGAAAUAUUGACGACAGUUGUAAAUGUGGCUUGAUAGUCACACAGAGAAUGUGAUGGAAGAUUUCAAGUAUGUGCACAGUGUACCUGUGUAUCACUCAAGUCUCCAAUGUUAUUAACCCAGAUUCAGGCUGCAUCUUUCUUGGAUGACAUUGUGGUACCAUUGUCACGAUAGAGGACACUUUGUUCCUACAGUCCCUUUAGAAGAUGCCACAAAUUCCUAUUGAUUAUCAUUUGUAUGUUUUGAAUGGCUUAACAUGGUGCUAUAUUACCGGGUCACUAAUCGCAGUUAUCAUUAAAGAAAGGUUGAAAUACAGACAUGUAAGUUAAAUUCUCUGGUUCAUCAACAUGUUGGAGUAUUUUACACCCAGAACUAGGAGUGUGGCAAAUUUGAUGAAAUGUCAUUACUAUCUGGCUAAGAAUAUUCAUUUGCUAGUUUCAUUUCAUCGUGUAUCAUUUUCAUAACGAUAGUGCUUACCUGUAGAGCUGCUUCCCAUCAGGAGACUGUAAUCGGUAUUAGUAGUACCUAUAUCACUUGUUUUAUAAUGCAAUAGUUACAUACCUUAUUAGGUUAUUUUAAUCAGUUGAAUAAGUAAAUGUAAUCAGAAUAAUUUCUUGAUAGGUAAUACUAAGCUCCAUGUAUCCAGUGGUAUAUAAUACAGCAGACAUUUUCUAAUACCUACUUGUCACCAUCCUCUACAUGUUCUGGACCAGCAUUGCGGUAAACCUGAAACCCCUGAUCCAUUUCCAUGGUUCUUGCAAUCACAGAUUACCUGCCCUGACUUUCAUUGACAUUUUAUCUACCAGACAUUGAUGUAAAAUAAAGGGAAAAAGUAAGGUUGGUAACUCAUAAAACCUCCAAAAC